AUGUCUUUGGCCAGCGAUUUCUAUUUGUGCUCCUAUGUGGGGCACAAGGGCAAGUUUGGACACGGGUUUCUGGAGUUCAAGUUCCAACCGAACGGGAAGCUUAGAUAUGCCAACAACAGCAACUGUAAAAAUGAUGUCAUGAUCAGAAAAGAGGCGCACGUACACAAGAGUGUGAUGGGAGGACCGAAGAAGAUCACUGAUGACAGAGAAAUUACAAAAGAUGAUGCUCUGUGGCCUCCUCCUGACAGGGGUGGCCAGCGGGAGCUUGAAAUUGUAACUGGAGAUGAACACAUUUCUUUUACUACAUCAAAAACAGGUUCUCUCAUUGAUGUAAAUCAGCCAAAGGAUCCCGAAGGCCUUCGAGUGUUUUACUACUUGGUACGGGACCUGAAAUGUUGA